CCACAAGAUCACCACUCAAACCAAUAUUACAAAAGGAUGAAGUUACACAUUUACAACUCAUCCCUCCAAACCCCCCUUCACCUCCACCUUUUACUACCACCGGAAAGUAUGGCCGCCGUCACACAAGCUUCCGUUGCAGUUUUCCGGCCAUGUGCCUCCCGGACCAGAUUCUUGACUGGAUCAUCAGGGAAGUUGAACAGAGAAUUUUCAGUCAAACCGGCCAACACCUAUUCAUCUGGUUCGUUCAAGGUUGAAGCGAAAAAGGGAGAGUGGCUACCCGGGUUAGCCUCACCCGGUUACCUUGACGGAAGUCUUCCAGGUGACAACGGGUUUGACCCAUUGGGACUAGCGGAAGACCCAGAGAACCUAAAGUGGUUCGUCCAAGCCGAGCUAGUAAACGGGCGGUGGGCCAUGUUGGGUGUCGCCGGAAUGUUGCUGCCUGAGGUUUUCACAAGCAUGGGGAUACUGAAUGUCCCCAAGUGGUAUGACGCUGGAAAAUCCGAAUAUUUCGCAUCGUCGUCAACCCUGUUCGUGAUCGAGUUCAUCCUGUUCCACUAUGUCGAGAUCAGAAGAUGGCAAGACAUCAAGAACCCGGGAAGUGUUAACCAAGAUCCGAUAUUUAAAAACUACAGUUUGCCUCCAAAUGAAGUCGGGUACCCGGGUGGCAUAUUCAACCCACUUAACUUUGCACCCACAGCUGAGGCCAAAGAGAAGGAGCUUGCCAACGGGAGACUGGCUAUGUUGGCGUUCUUGGGGUUCAUCGUUCAGCACAAUGUGACCGGAAAAGGGCCAUUCGACAACCUAUUGCAACACCUGUCAGACCCAUGGCACAACACCAUAGUCCAAACUAUGUCAGGGAACUAAGAAAUCUUGAAAAUAGAAGAGAAAGAAAGAUUAUGUUGUGAACCAUGGGCUGUGUGACCCAGAGACCAUGAUCUAAGCUUUGUUUUGUUAAUGUACAGUGGAAUAUGAGAUGUUAAUUCAUGAUUUAUUUCAACUUAUUGCCACCUGUCAUUAUAAA